AUGAUGAUAUUUUUUUUUCAGGCUAGUGCUUGGCUGAACACUUCUAAAGACCCGAUAUAUGGGAAUGAUAAGAGCCGUGAUACAUUUUGGGGUCAGAUCAGCAAUGAGUUUAACAGGAACAUUCAGGAACAUCUUCAAAGGGACAUUAACCAACUGAAGAUCCAUUGGACACGCCUGAACAGAAUGAUCACUGAAUUCAAUGGUUUUUUUAGCUCAGUAAGUAAGGUCAAUAAGAGUGGAUACUCUGAUGACAUGCUGAUGGAUGAAGCACAGCAGAUGUAUAAAAAGAAAUAUGGCAAACGCUUUGCAUUGGAACAUUGGUGGAAGAAGCUAAAAAAGGAACCAAAGUGGUGUGCAUCUGCUGCCCAAUUGGAGAAAGAGAAAAGCAAGACAGUGGAUGUCGAUGCUACAGAUGAUGGGGAGGAAGCACGUCCUAUCGGGAGAGAAGCAGCCAAGGCACAACGCAAAGGGAAGCGAAAGGUUGAAGAAGUUAAGGAUGGUAUUUCCAUGCUAGCUGACAGCAUAAACAAGAUAGCAGAAAUUACACAAGAGCGUAAGAAGGAGCGUGAAAAGGUGACAGAGGCGCAGCUUGAGAUCUCUAGAAAUAAUCUUCAGACUGCAAUACAGCAAAAUGAAGCAAAGUUGCUCGAAGCUUAUACUUCGCUCUUGGUUCAAGACACAAGUCAGAUGACUCACGAAGCGAAGGAAGGUCGAAUCAAAGCAUUGGCUUUGACGGAAAGGAAGCUGUUUGGGAAUCAGCAAGAAGCCACAUGA